AUGCGCGCGCUGCAGCUGCUACUGCGCACCAGUUGGGGUUGCCCUGCUGGCGCCCACGCCGCAACACUCCGGCUGCAGGGACCACUUACAAGGCCAGGGUCGCGCUGCACCAUGGCUCUGUACCGUACGGAAGAGCGCGGCCAGCCCCACUCGAGCGAUUACCGCCUCUUUUUCAAGAAUGUAGCUGGUCAUUACAUUUCUCCCUUCCAUGAUAUUCCUCUGAAUGUGGACUCCACAGAGGAAAAUGACAUUCCUACAAAGAAAGCACGAAAUGAUGAACAUGAGAAUUUGUUUAAUAUGGUUGUAGAAGUACCUCGGUGGACAAAUGCUAAAAUGGAGAUUGCCACCAAGGAGCCCUUGAAUCCCAUUAAACAGGAUGUGAAGGAUGGCAAGCUACGCUAUGUGGCAAAUAUCUUCCCUCACAAGGGUUAUAUAUGGAAUUAUGGUGCCCUCCCUCAGACUUGGGAAGAUCCCCAUAGAAAAGAUAAGAGCACAGCCUGCUGUGGAGACAAUGAUCCUAUUGAUGUUUGUGAAAUUGGCUCAAAGAUUUUCUCUCGUGGAGAGGUUAUCCCUGUGAAGAUCCUUGGAAUUUUGGCUCUUAUUGAUCAAGGUGAAACAGAUUGGAAAUUAAUUGCUAUCAAUGUGAAUGAUACUGAAGCCUCAAAGAUGCAUGAUAUUGGUGAUGUCAGGAAGUACAAACCAGGUUACUUGGAAGCUACACUUAACUGGUUUAGACUUUAUAAAGUACCUGAAGGAAAACCAGAAAACAAGUUUGCUUUUAAUGGAGAAUUCAAAAACAAGACUUUUGCCCUUGAAGUUAUUAAAUCUACUCAUGAAUGUUGGAAAGCAUUGCUUAUGAAGAAGUGUGAUGGAGGGUCUAUAAAUUGCACAAACGUGCAGGUUUGUGAUAGCCCUUUCCGUUGCACUGAAGAGGAAGCAAGAUCAUUAGCUGAAUUGGUACCGACUUCACUGAAUAAAGAAAGUAAUGAAGAAGGUAUGGUAUAUUUUGGUCCUUAA